GUGAACCUGAAACAAGAAAGAAAUGAAAUUAAGCGCUUAAAAAAAGAAAUGAAAUAGUUUAAUGAUUGUGAAAUUUCUUACCUCUGUUGCAGGUUCGGCAGAAAAUGGUACUAAAACCUGGAGUUCCCAUCCCAUCAGACCGCUUCAUUGUCAAUUCAGCUGGGCAUGAAUUAACAGAUGUCUACACCUACUACCACCAGAGGUUUCCGGAAGCCGGAGUGACCGCCCGCCCUAUAAGAACCACGGUAGCAACAAACAAGUUUGACUUAAGUCCGAAAACGCAGAAGUAUGCAACCUGUGCAUUGGACCAUUCCGAUACACAGGAAAACCGAAGGAUGCAAAAAUUAAGAACCCUGAUGGAAACAAAGUUAAUGGAGGUGUUCCCCAUUACGGAGGGACAUGACCUGCCUGACCGGGAGGAUAUGGAGGCCGAGAUGAAGCAGGCCAUUCAGCUUUCUUACAAGGAUGACUUUGAAGUCCCCCGGGACUUCAUUAAAGACAUCGAAGCUGCAUGGCGAAAGAAGGCCAGUACUAGCUUUAUCAAACAUUGUGCACACCGUAUGGUGAUGGAAAAGAAAGAUAUCACCGAGCUUGAACUUGAUAGAAACAGGGUGUUCAAAAAAACUUGGAGAUUAAUGAAGUCGGACAUCCUCACUCACUUCAAGUUACCUACCCUCAAAGCUAACAUUACACUAUUAGUCACAUCAGGAUCUUGA